GGAGGGAUUUUAAAAAACCCUAACCAUUUGCUCUUUAUUUCUUCCUAAACCCCAUCUCGCACUCUGCUUCUCUCUCCUGUUACAGACCCAAGCGUUGCGCCUCCUCGCCGUCGCACUUCCGGCCAUCUGCUUAACCUCUCUGACUGAGAAACACCUCAAACUACAGCCAUGGCGAGCACUAAGGUUCAGAGGAUCAUGACCCAACCAAUUAACCUCAUCUUCAGGUUUCUCCAAAGCAAAGCUCGUAUUCAGAUUUGGCUUUUUGAGCAGCGAGACUUGAGGAUUGAAGGCCGUAUCAUUGGUUUUGAUGAGUACAUGAAUUUGGUUCUGGAUGAUGCUGAAGAAGUAAACAUCAAGAAAAAGAGCAGAAAGUCAUUAGGGAGGAUUCUUCUUAAAGGAGACAACAUAACUCUAAUGAUGAACACGGGAAAAUGAUGAUCAUACCAGCAAUGUGAUUGGCAUCCUAGGUCAAGCUGUUCAGACUUUAACGUACUGUCUUUAAAUCCUUCCUGAAGUCAUGUAUAUCUAGCCACCAUAUGCAUUCAUCAUCUAGUUUAGGUGCUCAAUAUUGCUGUAUGUUUGUUACUUAACUCAGGCAUUUGCUUUUAUGGGUAUGCCUUUUUAUCAGGAUCUUUGACUUGAUAAUUCUGGAUAAAUCAGUUGAGAAAAUACACUUUCUUGAUUGAUUAUUCAUCUUUAAGAGGGUUUAUUUUGAUUCACUUUAUAUGUUGGUCUGUGAUUCUGAUUUUGUUUGUAGCCCAGCAGCAGAAACACAAACUAUAAACUUAUCCACACAAGCAAAAUCAGACAUGACUCCAUCAGUAAGGUCUCUUCUGGUCAUGACCAUCAAUUAAGCUGUAUCAUGUUCAUUUGUUUCUAAAUUUUGCUGUUUUCUACUCAGGCUGGAUUUAUGAUUUAUUUUUAUCUUGAUUUGCUUUGGUAUAAAGUUCUGAUCAAAAAAAUUUAUAGAAGGCUACAGCACUUUGGUGUUGGAAUUGAAGCGAAUGGUAUGAGGGAAACAGAGAUACAGGAAGAUACAAGGGAUUGUUGAAAGAGAUAAAACGUUUCCUGAGAGGGGAAAUCUCGUCAUUUUCAAUUGACUGAUUGUUUACAGGCUGAAUGUGGGUGUACUGGCGCCUGUACUGGCGCCUAUACUGAACAUUUU